GCUUGGGGAAUUCACUUGGCCGCUUUUCCGCUUCUGCCUUCCUCCGACCGCGCGGCUCAUGGCUUUGGCUCUCCGGCGCGCUCGUUUCCAUUGACUGGGAAAACUUUGCUGCGGCGUCUAUCUUUCCCCGUCGAGGACAGGAUUAAAAGUUCCCAGAACUGGUGGCGCCCAGACCCCACCAUGUGCACCAAUAUAGUUUUUGAAUGGCUGCGAGCGCUGCAGCUCCCGCAGUACGCCGAGUCCUUCGUGGAUAACGGCUACGAUGACCUGGAGGUGUGUAAGCAGAUCGGGGACCCGGACCUGGACGCCAUCGGGGUGCUGGCGCCCGCGCACCGCCGCCGCAUCCUGGAGGCUGUGCACCGGCUGCGGGAACAGGACGCGGCGGCAGCUGGCCUCUACUUCACCCUGGAGCCGCAGCCCCAGCCCGCGUCCCCGGUGGACGCGGUGCCUCCGGGGCGCCGAGGGGAGUCGUGUGGUGGCCCGGCCCAGGGGACCCGAGGGGACCUCCGCGCCCAGUCGACCGCCUCCCGCGGCAGGGAGCUGGUGAGCUACCCCAAGCUGAAGCUGAAGAUCAUGAUCCGGGAUAAGCUGGUCCGCGACGGCAUCCACCUGAGCAAGCCCCCGUACUCCCGCAAGGUCCGCAUGGCCGGCAUCCUAGAGUACUUAAUGAAUUGGCCGAAGUCAUCACAGAACCACUAGAUAUCAUUUUUGAGCACUCGUGGAGGACUGAUGAGGUGCCUGAAGACUGAAAAAGGGCAUAUUUAGAAUCUUCUUUCAAAAAGGGAAAUGGAUGGUGACCCUGGAAAAUACUCAUCAGCUUAACUUUUGUCUUGGAUAAGUUCUGGAAUAAUCAACUUAGUAAACUGGGUAACUGGCGUGCAGUAACUAGAAAACAAAAAGGCAGUGAAAUAUUACGUACGAAGAUGUGCUGAGGUUGUUUUUAAAAAGACACGUCACUGUGAGACAGUCUCAUACAUAUCUUGGGAUUCUUCCAUUCAUUCUAUGAACUGAUGAAAAUAGAUGAAGCUGGCCAAGCCAUUUUGGAAUUGCUAAUUUUAAGUAUGCUCCAAAAACUUUAAAAAAAAAGUUUCUAACAUUAACUAGUACUAAUGUCAUUUCCAGAUUAACUUUUAACAUGAAGACAGUAAUUUUAAUUUUGUUUUAUUUUAGCAUACAUGUUAUUUCACUUCUUAUGGGAACAUGUUCUUGUAAAUUGAGAUACCUUCUAUAAUUAUGUGUGAUUGGGUUCUUACUUUAAGGUGCUUUAUAUAGUUAUUUCACAUGUAGGUACAAUCAUUCAACUGAUAAGAACAUCAUCAAGGGAAGAACUCUUCUAACUUUGCAGUUUAUCUGGCUCGGGUU